AUGUCUGAAAUCAAAACUGAAGAACUCGCUUGCAUCUACUCCGGUCUUUUAUUACAAGAUGACGGUAUUGAAAUCACCGCUGAUAAAAUCAAAACCUUAUUAGAAGCUGCCAACAUCACUGUUGCUUCUCACUGGCCAGGUCUCUAUGCUCGUUCAUUAGCCAAAGUUAACAUUCCAGAAUUAUUAUUAAAUGCUGGUUCCUCAGGUGCCGCCGGUGCUGCCCCAGUUGCCGCUGCCACCAGCGCUGCUGCCCCAGCCGCCGCCGCCAAGAAAGAAACUAAAAAGGAAGAAGUUAAAAAGGAAGAAUCCGAUGACGAUAUGGGUAUGGGUUUAUUCGACUAA